AAGAACUGGUAUUUCAAUUAACAACAAAAACAAAGAACUGGAAGCAAAGGGUGCAGAGAGGCGUGGACUCGACUAUAACACCAAUGAUUCGUGAUUUAACUUGGAUUUUAGCCUUUUGACUCGACGUGACUUGAUCCCAAGCCCAGAUACUAAAAAUGACGCUAUUAAAGAAGUGUGCAGCGCAUCAACUCUUCAUUUAAAAGAUUCCAGUUUGAAUCGGACUGCAGCCAAUCAAAUUGUGCCAGCUGAGACAAAGUUGUGCGUGGCAGUGACGAGCAAAGUCUGCGGGUGGAUUCAGUUGGAGCCCUUGGAAAGAUGAUACCCCAAAUUAUUAUUUUCGGAUAUACAGACUAUGAUUUAUCAACAAAAAAAACGAUUGCUACUUGCAAAACACGUGGGAAGGAAAUUACAGACGGAGGCGCAACAUCUUCCAACUUUGUUCGACAUUUGAAGCUGCACUAAGAACGGUAACCAGAUUGUGACUCCAACUAACUCUUUGACCACACUGUGUCCUUAUAUUGGACAAGUGGGUAGAGCGUUGGACUAGUAACCGGAAGGUUGCAAGAUCGAAUCCCUGAGCUGACAAGGUCUACAUGAGGAUUAACGACAACCAGGAUGUUCUUAGUUCAAAUCUAAGAUUCCAGGGUGGUGGACCUUCUUCCACUGAGAUGUUGAGGAUUGGAGAACCAUGGCUCAGUUUCAAAGCUUGAUACGGAUAAUGAACCUAGCUAUCAUUUUGACACUUCUAAACAUUCAGCGCUCUAUUGCAUGUGGUAGAGCAGAGUACAGAACAGGUAUUGAAUGCUGUCCUAUGUGUUCACCAGGAAACCGGGUACAUAAACACUGUACAGAAUUUACAAGUACUUCCUGUGUCCCCUGUACCGACUCCACUUUCCUUGAUGAACCCAAUGGUCUUACGGCAUGCAUACUGUGUACAAACUGUGACCCAGGCUUUGGUUUGAAGGUAAAGCAGCCAUGUACACCUUCAUCAGACACUGUCUGUGGGACACUGGAGGGGUUCUACUGUCUAGACCCAACUAAGGAUGGUUGUAGAGCAGCCCAGAGACACAGCAGCUGUAAACCUGGUCAAUACAUCAACCACACAGGAACAAUAUCUACAGAUACUUUGUGUUCUGACUGUACUGGUGACACCUAUUCAGAUGGAUCAUUUACAUCCUGCCAGCCACACACACAAUGUGAUACCUUGAAGCUUCAGCAAAUUAAACCUGGAACUCAUUGGUCCGACUCUGAAUGUGGACCACAGGCCUCCCUUUCCAUUGCUGAAAUAAUAUCUGCUGCUGCUGCUGUGGUGGUGGUGGUGGUGGUACUAGCUGUGAUGGCAGCAGUAGCUAUUAGAAGAAAAAUGAAAGGUCCUUUAUCUGAGAGGACUUUUCCAGAAACACAAAGCCCUACAGAGGUAUCAGACAGAGAGGGAACAUCAAUGCUGUUUGUGGGAACAAGAACAGGUAAGGUAGCCUAUAACAUCAGAAUGGUACAGUAUACUUGUUCAUGAAUUUCAGCCAGAUUUGAGCUAAAAUGUGUCUUAUGAAUAUUAUACAGAUUCAAGCCUCCUGGACAUUCAGCAGAACAAUCCAGUCUAAUGUGUGCUUCAUUGGCUUGAAAACUAGACUAGGCAGUAGGGCACAAUUUCUGUCCACUACAUGGUGAAUGUGAUCUAGACUCUGUUUUUAAAUACAAGUUGGAGGCUGGCACAUUUGUUUUGUGGUGUAAAGAUUAAAAAGGCCAUGACCUUGAUAGACAGCCUGUCUUCCAAUACUGGGGAUGAAGAUGGACACCUUAGUAGGAGCCAGGUCUGUUCUGUUCUGGGAAAGGUCAGGUGUGUCCAUGAUUUCAAAUGGUCAAUCCAAGUCAGUUGACGGUAAUUGGAAUAAAACACAAAUGCCAUUUUGUAAGACACUCCACCUGGUCUUUGGAUGCUGGUGCCAGAUACAUUGAGCAAAUGCCCUUGAACUGAGGAAGUCUACAGAUCACAACAUCUCCAUGGUCCUUAUGGAACUUGUGAUGUACUGUAGAUUCUGUUGAUACAAACUGUGUAAAGGACAUGAGAUGAGAUUUCCUGGACACUGGUAUGGGGGAAAAAUGGACUCCACUUGUUGAGUUACCAUGGAUUUGUAUAAUCCCACAGACUAAACAUCAAGAGGCAAUGGUGCAGUGUAGGCUAUGUUCAGUGUGACCCAUUUAUUUUGUUGAAGAAAUUCUUAUUUACAAUGACAGCCUACACCGGACGACACUGGGCCAAUUGUGCACCGCCCUAUGGGACUCCCAAUCACGGCCGGAUGUGAUACAGCCUGGAUUAGAACCAGGGACUGUAGUGACUCCUUGCACUGAGAUGCAUUGCCUUAGACCUGCGCCACUGGGGAGCUCUGUAGCAAAGCAAUGGGACAAAUGUUUUGUUUACAGUUCUGUUCUUACGAUCCUCCUAAAAUAUAUAUUUUAUUGUCACACUGGGAUACGUGCUGUGAAAUGUGUUGUUUUACAGGGGCAGCCAUAGUAGUACUCUGCCCCUGGAGCAAAUUAGGGUUAAGUGCCUUGCUCAAGAACACAUUGACAGAUUUUCCACCUUGAUUGUAUAGUUAUUUGUGCUGUACAGUUCCUUUGUAUUUUGUAGGUAUUGUUUUAUAUGAUGCACAUUCAAUGCCAUUAUUAAUUGUUUUGAUGUUUUUGAUUCCAUGGGUUUAGUCUCUUCUAUUGAAUCAAUAUGUUUCUCUGUAAAUCAUGGGUUAUGCUUAUUUCACCAGCCGUCAGUGCUCAGUCUAUUGUUGCUGUAAGUGUAUUUCUGUUGACUGAUCCAAUGUCCCCUCUUGGGAUUAAGAAAUAGAGGAUUUGCAAUACAAGUGUCCCAAUGACAUUAACUACAUUGUAAAAAUGCUAUUGAAUAAAGCAAAAUGUGAAAACUG